GAGUCUUCAAUGGCGGUGGAGGAAUUGGAGUCUCCUGGGAGAAAGCGCAAGCGAGGGUCUGGAAAAAGGAAGCUCGUUGUCAAUGAUAGAGUGGAGGUGAGAAGUAUCGAAGAUGGCUUUUUGGGUUCAUGGCACCCGGGGACUGUUAUCCAAUGUGGGAAGCAGAAACGUCAUGUCCGAUAUGAUAACGUUUUAGAUGAUAAUGGGUCAAAUUAUCUUGUCGAUGUAGUGGAUGUUCCGGCUAUUUUGGAUGGCGCCAGUUCCACAAUUUACAAUGAACGCGGAUUUAUUAGACCACCGCCACCUUCGAAGGAGUUUGGGAAAUGGGACCUUCCUUUUGGUCUCUGUGUUGAUGUGCACUAUCAAGAAGCUUGGUGGGAAGGUGUUAUUUUUGAUCACUGUGAUGGGAUGGAGGAGAGAUCCAUAUUUUUCCCAGAUUUGGGUGAUGAAAUGAAGAUUAAAAUCGAUCAUUUGCGUGUUACUCAUGACUGGAGUGAAGUUACUGAGGAAUGGGAGAGACGAGGCAUGUGGGUAUUUCUUGAAUUGGUUGAAGAGUGUGAACAGGAUACUUAUGUUGCAGUUUCAGUAAAGCAAAUCUGGUAUGAUGUGCGUGCAAAAGAAGAUUUCGAUAAGAUUAGAGACUGGACUUGUAAUGUGAAAGACUUGUGGAGAGAUCUGGUACUAGAGGUAAUUAAUGACUACUUUGCACUUACACUGCGGGAAGUUUUCACCGUCUUUGAUAUUUCAAAAGAUCUCUUGACAGUAGCACUAGAACCAGAGUCAGCUGCACCUACUGCUGAUAUUCACAUAAAUCCGGAAAAAAAUACAGACAACUUUCAAUCUGUUUUGAAUUCUGAUAAUCAGUUAAAUAGCAAAUCAAAUGUGCUUUAUGAUGCUGGUCCUAGUGAUGCAUUUGUCCGUGACAUAAGUUUGGCUGAGAAACAUUCGGAAAAUGAUGAGCUUUCAGAUUUCUUGGAUGCUGAUCAAAACAGUGGUAGCGUCUUUCUUAUCCAGGAGAAAUAUGAUUCGCAGACCUUGCGGGGUGGAGUGUCAAAUGCGCCUGUGGUGGCAGACUUAGACAUGUCCUUCCUUGAGAAGGAAGUACUGGUGCAGAAGGAAUCUAUAUCUCCAGUAGAAGAGAUCUUAGCAGAUAUUCCAGAAGGAAUUUCUGGACAAGAUGCUGGUACUGCUGGUGAAGUAAAUUAUGGUGCUGGGUGUUAUAAAAGAAAUAGACAGUUGGGGUCUUCAACUUGCAGAAGGUUGACUGAUUGGAAUCCUCUGAUACUUUCUGAAGUUGAACUGUGCCCUGAUUCUAUCCAUCGAUAUGCACUUGCAUCUAAUAGGAAGAGCAGGGAACAACUGAAGACAAAUGUCAGAAAACAUAUUGCAUAUCUUGGAUGGAAAAUUGAGUGGAUGCAACAUGCAAAUGGUUUUUAUCAACAAACGCAAUAUAGGUACACCUCACCUGAGAAAGAGGGGAAACAGGUCGUUUACAAGUCACUUCGCAAAGUUUGUGAACAUAUUGAAAAGGACACCAAUACGAACUCUUUGUUGUCACAAGAUGAUCAGAGAAGGAUGCAUCCUACAACUGGCAGUAAUAUUUCACAUAAUGCAAUCUUGCCAUCUCCUUCAAUUGAAGACGCAGUUGAACCUGAAUUUUGCCCAGAAGCUGUUUUGAGAUAUUACUUGCUUCCAUUAAAGAAGGGGCUCGGCGAUGUUAAAAAAAUUAUGAUACCAAAGGCAAGAAAACACCUGUUAGCAGAAGGAUGGAAUUUUGAGUAUCCAACCAUAAGAGGAAGAGGAAUCACCUACAUUUCACCCCAAAAUGUGCGUUUUGGUUCACUUCGAGUGGCUUGUGGAGCAUGUAUAAAAGUAUGUCUUCCCCAGUGGAUCAGCUCUGGAACGAUGUCUCUGGAUGGUUUGGGCAUAAAUGAAGAGACAAUGAAUCCGGUUGAUAGUGAUAAACUAUUGUAUUACGUGUCUCAGUUGCUUCAAAAGGAGCCUGAAUUGGCUGAUUUAAGUGGGGUGCCAGAAAGUAGAUCAACUGGGCAUUGCAAGCUCAAACCCUCCAGGAACGUAAAGCCCAGACCACCUAAGCUCCAGAAAAAAGGAUUACCUAUUCGGUUACAACGAUCAAGUAAAAGGGUCCAGAAGGUGUGUGCUCCUUGUCCAUCACACCAGAAAGCUCAAAAUGUCCUGUCCUGGUUAAUCGACUGCAAAGGGUUGUUACCAAGGUCUAAGGUCCAAUACCGGGCAAGAGGCACAGGUCAUCCUAUGGCAGAGGGGCGAAUAACUCGUGAUGGAAUCAAGUGUAGCUGUUGUCGGAAGCUAUAUAGUCUCAGUGGCUUUGAAGGUCAUGCAACUGGUAGUCGUAAUUGCAGGUCAGCAGCUGCUAAUAUUAUUUUGGAAAAUGGCAAAUCACUCCUAGAUUUCCAGAUGAAGAUAAUGAAUGAGCAUCGGGCAAGAGGAACUAUAAAAACACCAUCCAAAAGUGUAUAUCAGGAAGAGAAUGAUGCCAUUUGUUCUGUUUGUCACUAUGGCGGUGAACUAAUAUUAUGUGAUAAUUGCCCUUCUUCUUUUCAUAAAAGCUGCCUAGGUUUGGAGGAUAUCCCUGACGGUGACUGGUUUUGCCCAUCAUGUUGUUGUGGAAUUUGCCAACAAAGUAAAACUGAUGGGGCUGAUGAUGAAAAUCUUUUGACUUGCAGUCAGUGUGAACAUAAAUAUCAUGCUAACUGCUUGGGAAAAAGGCCUGUAGCAAUGUCUGGAAGAUAUCUGAAAAAUUGGUUUUGUGGAAAAAGCUGUGAAAAGUUAUAUGCAGGCCUUCACAAGCUAUUAGGAGAACCUGUUGCAGUGGGUGUGAACAAUUUAAACUGGACGUUGCUGAAGUAUGUUAACUCUGAGAAUUGUGAUCUUGGGAAUGGUAGAAGUAGCCUAGAGGUAGAGAGUUACAGCAAACUCAAUGUGGCUCUUUCAGUGAUGCAUGAAUGUUUUGAGCCCUUAAAGGAAUCUUACUCUGGCAGGGAUCUCAUGGAAGAUGUUAUUUUCAGCAGAUGGUCAAAGCUUAAUCGAUUGAACUUUCAAGGUUUCUAUACUGUACUCCUGGAGAGAAAUGAAGAAGUGAUAACUGUGGCAACUGUUAGGGUCUAUGGAGAGAAGGUAGCAGAAGUACCCCUUGUUGGUACCAGAUUUCAAUAUCGCCGCCUUGGAAUGUGUCGCAUUUUAAUGGACGAGCUUGAAAAGAGGCUCAUGCUAUUAGGGGUGGAGAGGAUAGUUUUGCCUGCUGUUCCAAGUGUGCUAGAAACAUGGACGACUUCUUUUGGCUUUGCACAGAUGACAAAUUCUGAGAGAUCACAGUUUCUGGACUACACUUUCCUUGACUUUCAGGAUACUAUCAUGUGCCAGAAACUCUUGACCAAGACUCGUCCAGCUUUGGUUUUGUCAACAGAGAGCCAUCCAAACCCACAUGAUGUUUUAUCUGUAAGUGGUGGUACUGGUUUUGAUCAGUCUAGUGCUGUAUCUGAACUAUGUCAGGCAGAAGAGAAUGACAAAAGUGAGACGCUGGAUCUACAAAUGGUGGAUCCUUUUGCUGGCAGUGAGGAUCGUCUUGGUAAUGGUGCCCCAUGUCCAGUUCACUUGGCGAAGCCAGUAAAUUCCGAGGGCGAACAACUGCAGAACAGAAGCAUUACAGAAUGCUCACUUGAAGAUGGCCACUUAAAACAAGUUUCCACCUAUAACGCUCCAUGUAAGUACUACAAGCGAAGGAAAAAUCAUGGAAGGAUGAGAAUUCUCAGUUAAAAAGGUGGCCACUGAAAUCACUGAACCAUCUGGGUUGAGCCAUGUACGAAGUUUUGGAGGUACAUACUUGUCAUCAGUUCAAUGCUCUGUUAUCCUUUUUUGGUGUAUUAAGAUCUCAGUUUAUAUAAUCUAGCCCACGCAUGCAACCCACCUAUGUCAUCUUAGGUAUCAUGUUGAGGUGGUUUUGUGUCUCUUUUUGUUCAAUUCUGAAUCAUGAGAAAUGAAC